UUGAAGUAUUCAACGAAUUAACGAUGACCACAUUGCACCUUCAACAGUACAUCAUAGCAUUUUCCUAGAUUGCAGUAGCUCUAAGAUUUCCUCGUAUUGCCACUAUAAAAAGCCAACCGACGUGAUACCUUGAUUCAGCAGUUGAAGACACGGAGUCGUUGACGAUAUCACAUCAACUUAUUUGUUCUAGUAAAACAAAACAAACAAAAAAAUGGGUUUAUCCGCCCGCAGUGCAGGACUGAUGCUCGUCAUUGCAUUAUUGAUACAAUUUGCAGCUUGUGCAGAUGCGAGCUCGUCAGGAACACAGAUAAGGAACAGCACAGGGUCAGAAGGCCAGAGAGAGGAAAAAUUUCUUUCUUUGUUUUCCAUCGUCCGUUUCCCGAACACGCUGUGUGUGGCAUCCAAUUCUUACAACGGGACAUGUUUGACAACUGCCGAGUGCUCUGCCAAAGGAGGAACAGCGUCCGGUACCUGCGCUUCGGGAUUCGGCGUCUGUUGUGUUUUGACCAUCCAAACGUGCGGUGCAACAACCAGUUUGAACAACACAUAUUGGCAAAAUAAUGGAUUCAGUUCGGCAUACACCACAGCUGGCCAAUGCUCCCUGUUUGUUAGCAGAGCCUCUUCUGAUGUCGACCAACUCCGAUUAGAAUUUUUAACCUUCACUUUGGCUCAGCCGGAUUCGGCUACGCUUAGUACCACUGGUCAGUGUAUAACUGAUUCUUUUACUGUUUCCGGUGCGGCCAACAUCGUCCCAGCUAUAUGUGGAGCCAAUUCCAACCAGCACAUGUACAUCAACAUCGGACCUGGAACGAGUACAGUUACCCUUAGCAUAAUCACAUCGGGAACAAGUACAUCUCGUUACUGGAACAUCAGGGUCAUCCAGAGUUCAGAAAACGAUUUUAUGGAAAGCAUCGAAUCUUUAAUGCAACUCGGCAUCGACGGAAACACAAGGAACAAAAAAGGAUGGAAUGCGCUUCAUCUUUUGUGUUUUUACAAUUCAAGCCAACAUUUAACUGCUGCAAUUAAACUCUUGAUCAAAUCCGGCAUCGAUAAGGACGCAAAGGAGAAGGAUGGAUGGAAUGCGCUUCACCUGUUAUGUUUUAACAAUUCAAGCCCAGGCUUAAUCGAAGCCAUUAACCUCUUGAUCAACCCCGACAACGACAUAAACGCAACAACCAACGGUGGAUCCAACGCGCUUCAUCUGUUGUGUUAUAAUAAUUCAAGCCGAAACUUAAUCAAUGCAAUUAAACUAUUGAUCGAAAUCGGUAUCGACAUAAACGCGAAGAAGAACGAUGGAUGCAAUGCGCUUCAUCUUUUGUGUUAUAACAAUUUAAGCCCAGGCUUAAUCGAUGCAAUUAAACUGUUGUUUGAUCAAGGCAUCGACAAAAAUGCAAAGAAUGGCAAUGGAUGGAAUGCACUUCAUAUUUUGUCUUUCUAUAAUUCAAGUCCACACAAAAUCGAUGCAAUUAAAUAUUUCAUCGAACUCGGCAUCGACGUAAUCGUAUAAAGGAGCGUUGGAAGCAAUGCGUAUAACAGUUCAAGUUCGCACUUAACCGAUGCAAUUGCAUACUUGAUCGAACUCGGUAUCGAGAAAAAGUAAAGAAGAACGAUUGGGGGAAUGCGCUUCAUCUUUUAUGUCGAUACAAUUGAAGCCCACACUUAAUCGAUGCGCUAAAACCUCCUUCAUUGGGCUGUUUAUUAAGGCAGACAGAUGAGCAGGCAAACAAAAUACUCAAACAAAAGUACGUGCUACGUUACAAUGAAUGAGACAAUUAGUAUUUCGAAUUCAAAUAUCAACACAUGUUGGCUAAGUAAAAUAAAUUGACAUACGAAAAAAAAAAAAAGAUACCUGUCGAUGGGCUAUCUCACAAAGUGCGACACAUCAGCUGGAACCUGAAUAAAACGAACCUGGCAACACAAGUGAAUGGAAGAGUCUGAGGAAGCGUAAUGAAAACAAACUGAUCCCUUUGUUUUAGUACUCACGUGCUUGAUAAGAAACCAACUAGUUGUUUUCGCCCUUUCUUAUCAACCAUUCCCUUGCUUAUCAUUGCAAAUAUCAUUAGAAAUAUUUUUGCUCUGUACAA